AAGAGGGGAAGAAAGGGGACAGAGAUAUUGGGCACACAGGCGAAUAGAUCCAGAGUGAUGCAAACACAGGAAGGUCGUGUAUAUUCGAUGGUGAUACAAUGAACGAUGUUGGUGCUCAGUAGGCCCCGCUCCCCUUGAAAACAAAUCACUGCACGGUAACAUCUAGAGACAAAAAAGGAACUGGGCGUCAAGUGACAACUUGGUCUUGAUGGCCAGAGGAUCUGACCAAGUGUCCCGUUCAGUUCUAUACAGACCUCGGAACACCACAUCUAGAAUGUUGUGGUCAGCUCUGGUCUCUCCGCCAUAUGAUUAUGUCCCAGCGAUAGCGAGUGUGCGCUAGGGUCCUCAGAUAUACUCACUCCUGUGCUCAUUGGAUUGUCUUGUGAAAGUGUGUACAUAAACGGGGCCUUUACUCCCUGCAAGACUGAUCUCACUGCAGCCUACAAAGUUCUACUGCUGCUUGGUGGGGUAGAUGCGGGGAAUAUGUUUGUCCUGACUUGGACGUCCGGGACCAGGGUUCACAGUCUCUGAAUCAGUGACUUGUUAUUCGGCAAGCUUCAUUCUUAUGUCAGCUUUCUCUUCCUCUUGGUUACGGAUGUCGAGGAAGUGAUACGUAUUGAUAAUCAGAAACCGGGUUCUGGAAGAUGCAACGUGCUCCAUGCAGUUUAACACUGGAAAGACCAUUCGCCGAAUCGUCCGUACUUCCCAUUUCAGGGAACGUCGGAAUAAUGACAUGGGUCCAUGUGGACUUUGGGGACUUUACAGGCAGCCCCCGAAUUCCGGUCUGACUCUCCCGCUACCCUUUAAAACGUAGACGGAGUGGAAGCUGCUCAUUCACUGAACCCCAGCUAGCACUUCCAUCCUAGGAAGCACCAUGAAGACAGCGCUCUGCGUCGUUGCCCUUGUAGGAGCCCUGGUGAUCUGCAGUUUCCAGAAUGUUGCAGCCGCCCCGGUGGGAUCGAUAAUCCCGGAAUGCUGUGAGACGUUUAGGACCACUCCGAUUCGUCACUGGAGGCUUAAAAGCUACGAGGCAACUCCUUGGUGCUCGACUGCCGCUGUCAUAUUCGUCAACCGGAGGAAUAUGAAGAUUUGCACCAGAGCCGGAGAGAGAUGGGUCAAAGCUGCAAUGAAGUAUCUGGACAGGAAACACAAGAAGUGAGAGACGAUGUGAAAGAUCUGCAUUCCAAUGGAUUGCCAAGAGUCGUCCGUGAAAGUCCGUUCCAUUCCCUCAGGCCCACUGGUGUGGAUGAAAGCGUCGGCAUUGCGUCCACAUACCACAGAGGUCGGCUGUGUGCCCGGUGCGUUGUGGAGUUGUACAUCAUUGAGUUUUCACUCGUUCUCCUUAUAAACUAUAUAUCCUGUAUAUUAUUUGUAUUUCUGCACUUAUCUUUUUUUCAU